AUGGUGCGCGCUUUAAAGACAGUGACGCAAGUCUGGCAAGAGUGGACGCUUGGAAUCCAUGGCGGUCCAGCGGUACGGGGAUUGGAAGAGCUGCACGGCUCGGCUUGGCGAAAUACACCAGCAGAAAAGCGGUCCUUCUUUCGCCGUAAGCGCAUCAUCGACCGAGUC